CGACGCCAGAAAGAGCUCGUCUCGCAGCAUGUCAACCAUGCACUGCCUUCAAGUGCUGUUGGCGGUGCUGGCGCUCGCAGAGGCGCGCUGCUUUUGCCCCAAAUACUGCCAGAAUCCGCCGUGCAACCCCAAGUACUCGAGCUGGUGGCAGCCGCGCUCGUACUGUAACGACGUCGAGGCGCAAGCCGAGUGCACUCUAGCGAACGUCGCGAUCACCGACAUGAUCGACUCGAUGGGGCGCAACGCUGACUUGUACUUCUACACAACAGCGCAGCGCAGCGCGAUGGCCCGCCCGAUUGAGUUUGCGCUUCUCCGCAGCAAGCUCUCGGAAGCGAUGGAAGCCAACAAGCCGAUCGGAGACUGCAACUAUGGUCUUGCGACCGCGACGCUCCUCGCCAACGUCGACGACGUGUGCUUCUCGCCAGAGCUUUUUCAGCAGUGCGCGAAUGUCGCCAAGGCGGCCGAGCCGUACUUUCUCAACAUCCACAACGCUCUGCGCCAAGGCAUCCGCAUCGACGAAGACGCAGUGCGUCUCGGCCUCGUCGAUAUGAACGGGACGCUCUCGCCUCUGGCCGCAGAGUUUGUCGACGUCGUCCGCAUGCGCGGCUCCAUCAAGCGAGCCGACAUCAAGGUUCGCUGCCGCUCGUACGAGGCUCUGGCCGAGAUUGUCACCAACGCCGCGUCGCGCUCGAUGCCGCGUUUGGUGUUGAUGGUUGCGGUCGUGCUGGGGGUGCUCGAGGCUGGGGGUGCUUGAUCAUUCGAGUCAUUGUAAACAGCUACUAGUAUACGACUAGUACAAACAUAGUCUUUACAAAUAGCAUCGUC